AUGAGAGUCGCCAUGGUUCAGUACUCGCCCAAGAUAGGGCGUGUGCAAGAAAACAUAAACAAAGUGACAAAGCUCUGCGAGAAGCUACAACCACGAUCGAUCGACCUCCUCUGCCUCCCCGAGAUGGCAUUCACAGGAUACCUCUUUCCGAACGCCGCGGCCAUCGCGCCGUAUCUGGAAGAUCCACACUCGGGCCCGACAUCCCGCUUCUGUGCCGAGCUUGCAGCCCGGCUGCACUGCUACGUCGUCGGGGGAUUUCCAGAGCGCCUAGCGCCGCACGAAGUUGUAGAAGCCCCCGAUGCAAAUGGCACCCCGGCAACACGCAUAGGCGCGAACAGCGCGGUGUUAUACGACCCGCGCGGCGCACGCGUCGGCGAUGUGUACCGCAAGACGCACUUGUUCGAGACGGACACGACAUGGGCAAAAGCGGGCACGGGCUUUGCGACGUUCACACUCCCAUCCCCGCUCGGCACACUCGCGCUGGGCAUCUGCAUGGAUCUCAACCCGCAACCGCCCACGAUGUGGACGCUUGCGGAGGGGCCGUACGAGCUCGCGGAGCACUGCCGUGCACGCAAGGCCAAUGUACUCGUCCUGCUCAACUCGUGGCUCGAGUCAGGCUGGGAGGAGGACGAUGGGGACGAUCGCGAUUCACACACGAUCAACUAUUGGGUGGCAAGGCUGCGACCGCUGUGGGCGCGGAAUGAUUUUGGGCUUGAUACCUGUAUAAGCGGUGCGGAAGCACCAGAUGAAGAGGGCAAGGAGACACUCGUGGUAAUAUGUAACAGGUGUGGGGAGGAAGAUGGAAAGAAGUUUGCUGGCUCAUCGACGCUGUUUAGCAUGCGGCGUGACUCUGGGCGGGCGCGGCUGCUGCAUGCGAUGGGGCGGCGGGCGGAGGGGGUCGAAGUGUGGACGAUACCGUCGACGUCUGGGUCGGACGCCCGGGCCUCAGUUGCGUCGUGA